UUUUGGUCAAUUGGAUCAAACUUAUUUUUAGGAGAAAGUCAGAUUUGUUUCCAAAUGAAAAUUUCGUCCGUUGCGUACUUCAUAAGAGCCACGGUGCGUACCGGUACUUCAUGCCACAAUACGGAGAAGCGCCCCCUUCAUUUUCAUUCUCGGUGUGGCACCUCUGGUACACUUCUAUCUAGACCUAGUAGAACUAGACCUCUAGCUAGAUAGAAGUAGGCACUGUACCUGGUAGUAGUUCUUUUGACAGAGACGGCUAUAGUAUCUACUUCUGGCCAUCUAGCUAGAAUCGAAUCAAGAUGAGCAACAACAGCUUCCCGCAAGGCAGUAAUUGGAUGAUGAUGCCACCUCCUCCUCCAGCUCGUCCUUCCAAUGGCAAUUGGAACAACCACAACUCGCAUCCGUCCUCCAACAGCGCGGUGAUGCCUCCUCCCCCGCGGUCGUCGGCCUUUCCUGUCCACAAUGCAGGUAGUGAUGAUAACAAUGGAAACAAACGGACGUCUUCUGGAAGCAACGCGCAAGGCCAGAGCAGUGGCAGCGGCCACAAUCCGCAGAACAAGCGUCCUUGCCGUUGGGGACCACCCGUGAGAGCGUUCCCCAAGAAUGCUUGGUCGUGCUCCAAAUGCUCUUUUACGCAUCGAUUUCCGUCCGAGAAGUGUGUCAUGUGUGGUGCUUUUCGGACAACAACAACUGCUACUAGUAAUAGUGAAGCAAUGAUCCCCAACCAAAAGUCCAAUCCCUCUUCAACGCCGUCACGAGCAACCACCAUAAUCAUCAGCAGCAGCGCUCUAGCCCAUACAAAACAAACUAAUGCAAUGACGCCUCCUAUCAAGCGAGAACCGACUAGCACCCUUCGCUCACAGCAAAAUCCAACAGCGGCUCGGCCUCCUCAACCAGCAAGAGCUCUUUUCCCACCUGGCGUCCAGCAAGAGACACAUCCUUCCGUAGAAAAGCAAGAAAGUACGCAAACCCCACAAACCCGAAAUAAUGGCAUACAGGGCACAAACCCUGGUCAGUUUAGUGACGCAGAAGACGAGGACGAAAAGCCAUCAGCCGUGAUUGAUCUUUGCUUAGAAAGUGAUGAAGACGCUUCGAAAAAGGAAAAUGGAUCACCCAAUGCAACGCACAUCAUCUUCUCCAUUGACUUUUCGGGAUCCAUGAAAAAGAAAGAUGUCAAAAAGGGAAAUGGAAGCAAAAUCUCAAGGUGGGAUGCUGUCUUUUUAUGCCUGGAAGGCUUCCUUGCAGAACAGAUUUCUUCGUCCAAUUCUGCUGGGGAAGCAAUGGUAUCGGUGGUUACAUUCAAUGAUGAGGCUCAAACGCUCUUGGAUCGCAUGCCACUAGUGGGAGAUGGUCAAAAGGUACUCAAGGCACUCGAAACCGCACGCAAGAUGCAUACCCCAAAUGGUGGAACAGGAUUUGCAGCCGGAUUUGGGCGAGCCAAAGAGAUUGCGUUUGCCGGCGCCAGCCAAGACAAGAACCAAAACGUCAUGCUCGUGUUUCUGAGCGACGGAAGACCAGGAGAUAUGAACUCGGAUCCACCUAAAAGUGAUCAACCGAUGCCGACCACGAUUCGUCGAAACAAGAUAAAGUACCCUUCGGCCGGGGCACACAUUGAAGAAAUGCAACAAAAGUACUGCAGUCAGUUUUCACUUCAUUUGAUUUGCCUCUUCAAGGAAGGAAAGAAGUGGCUAAAGUAUCUAGCAAACCGAUACGGUGGAACCUUGCACGAACCAGACCUCAGCAUGGAGGAUCACACGGCCAGGACUCCCACCAGGAACAAUGGUGACAUCAGCGACGACGAUGAUAGUAGUUACGAAGAAGACGAGAUCGUGGAAAUGAAGGUCAAGUCCCAGAAUACACUGAUCCGGGAACGCAUCGAUCGUGCCAAGUCUGCUGGAUUAGUGUUCUCUUUGACCAACACUACCACGGCCGAAGGAUCAUCCAUACGCUCUACUUUCGAGUCCAUUUCCUCUUCCGUUACGGCCAUGCGUGGAGGUAGUAGGCUCCAGGAACGACAGGGAGUUGUGUUGAAGAAGAACUCGCCCAUGAGCAGUUACUUGGCAACUCGCAUGGUUUUGACCAAAAAUCAAGAUAAAUUCAAUAAGAAGGAUACGGCGAAUGGGAGAAUGGUCCAGGUAUCACUGCACCCUUUUGCGCAAGGUGGAUUGAGAAAUGUGUACAAAAUGCGGCAGCCUGGAGAACCACCGCAGGUGGCCAAGGAAUCACGUCACGACGUUGGGUACAAAGAACGGCUGCGGUUUCACAUUGAAACCUCCAAAUGCCAAGCUCGAGCCUUGGAUUAUGCAACAAAGUUCAACAAAAAAUUGAGACGCAACAAUCAGUUGCAAAGCGCUGGCGUCCCCACUAUACAAGUCUUGGAGGCCGAAGUGAUUCGAUUGAAAGAUGAGACAUCUCCCGGCGGAUACAGAUACUUGGCAGUAGAAACCGAGUUGCGAGGCGAAUACCAAAAGUACAACAGCAACAAUGGUUUCGUCAGUCCUUCACCAACGCUUCAAUGCCAAGUUGCCCAGGCUUUCAGCCACUUUUCAUACGAGGAGAGUGAUGAAUCUGAGAUGGUCGUAGACAUCCAAGGUUCCGGGUACACCUACACGGACCCUCAAUUGCACUCCCAAGGCAAGGAAUAUGGAAGAGCCGACCGAGGCAUGAAUGGUUUCAAAGACUUCUUCCGUACACACAAAUGCAACUUCAUUUGCGCGGCUCUAGACUUGAAAGACCGCUCUGCUACUUCAGCAGCCACGACACCGGUGAAGAAUGAACAACAGAACUAGAAGAGGAAGUGUGGUGGAAUGGUGCUACAAAAGCCCUACUCAAGCUCCAAUCAAAUUGCAAACGGCCUGCUUGGGUGCUGUCAUGUACGGUCGCGUAUGUUCUUGAGCGCACACUAAGCAAUAUUAAGCAAUGUUAAGCAACUGAGGG